UUCUUUAAAUUUUAUUAAUUUGAAGAAAUCAAUUGCCAUCAAACAGAAAUACUACCCGCCAACCCCACCAUUGUCUCCUACCUGAGGAAAUUUCCCAUUUGGUUUCUCCUCCACUUUCUACUCUUUUCUCUUUCUAGUUAGUUUUGGUUUCUGGUUUUUGAUAGAGAACUAUCUCCAAACUCAGACACACUGUUCACUCUUUCUGUUUUUUCUCUGUAGUUUAUGUUUAUAAAGCAAGAGUAAAAUGAUGGGUUCUUCUUCAAAAGUUGGGAAUAAUAGUUAUGAUUAUUCUUUCAAGAUUUUGUUGAUUGGAGAUUCUGGUGUUGGCAAGAGUAGUAUUCUUUUAAGUUUCAUCUCCAACUCUGUUCAUGAUCUCUCUCCUACAAUUGGUGUUGAUUUCAAGAUCAAGAUGCUCAAUGUUGGUGGGAAAAGAUUGAAGCUCACAAUUUGGGACACAGCUGGGCAAGAAAGGUUUGGAACGUUAAUCAGAUCUUACUAUAGGGGAGCACAUGGAAUUAUACUCGUUUAUGACGUGACUCGCCGAGAGACCUUCACAAACUUGUCAGACAUGUGGGCAAAGGAAGUGGAGCUCUACUCUACUAAUCAAGAUUGUAUCAAAAUUCUAGUUGGAAAUAAAGUCGACAGGGAUAGUGAAAGAGUUGUAAGUAGAGAAGAGGGGAUGGCUCUUGCAGCGGAGCAUAAAUGUUCAUUUCUUGAAUGUAGUGCUAAAACCAGAGAAAAUGUGCAGCAAUGUUUUAAAGAGCUCACACUAAAGCAGAUACUGGAGGUACCUAGUUUGUUGCAAAAUGGAUCUGUAGUAGUCAAACAACAGAUUUUGAAACAGAAACCAGGAUACCAGGCCCCUCGUGGCAGUGGUUGCUGCUCCUAAUUGAAAUGCCACAACACCAAGGUACAGCAGAAUCAAGCAUUAUCAAAAUCGACGGAAGAACAAUCACUAUUGGACAGCCAGUUUCUUGGACACUGUUCACACUCCAGCAGUGCCAAUGAUGACUGUAUACAUGCUCUUCUUGAAGCUCCAUUUUUGUGGUUCUGAGUAAUUGGGAAGUGGGUUAGUAAAAUCUUUCUGGUAGUCAGAGAAAAAUAGUCCUUUUCUUUUUCCUUGUUUAGUAUAUAGUUUGUUAGUUAUAUGUAAAGUGAAUAGUUGUGUAGUAUCAAGUAGUUUAUAUAGUUUUGAGUAAAAAGUGUAGCUUGAGCUUGAAGAAAAACAGAUGUAUAGAUAUUGCAUAAUUUAGGAAAUAGAUCUCUUAAUUUCUUUAUUC